AUGGCAUUUGUUUCUCACAACUCCCAACCCUAUCCCCACCCACAAGACAAGUACAACCCUUUCGCGUCCACAAACCAUUCGAAAGUUGGCCAAAGAGCCUUUACAGAAGCAUCAUUUGUUUCAUGCCAUUCGGAUGCCUUUUCCUCAUCGGUGCGGAGGUUAUCAGAGGAUUGGAAUUUAGAUCAUUGGGAAACGACAGAUACAUGUUUCCUGGCAAUGGAACUUGAUGUUGGUUCUCCCUCACUCCAGAGGUCGAGCUCCCACCACUCCACCGCUUCCGCGAAAAGUUCACGAUCGCAGACCAUACGUGUACGGCCCAGGAAAUAUGCUUCGUACAUAUCCAGCUCUGCGUCAUCCAUUUCAGACAAGUCCCUAACUUCAUUCCCCUCAUUCUCGCCAGAAUCCCCAAGGGAUGAUCGACCACCAGGUUUUUCAUUACAAUCUACCGGCGAUAUUACCAGUACCCCACGAAAAGCCUCCGAAUCUGCACCAUCUAUUGUCGACAGUCUGACGGCGUCCAGCGUAGAGCGAACGGCUCUGUUUGACGAUGCGCCUCUCACCACAAGACAUGUACCUGGUGCAAUUCAUCUCGCCAACGAUGAACAUAUCGAGAGGUUGAUUGCGAGGAAAGGCGCAGUGGCACUUGUCCGGCAGAUAGCUGAGGAUCUGGCUCAGCGCGAUGCUCAAAUAGCGGCAAUACGACGAAAGGCAGAGAACCGAGAGCGUGCUCUAAGGAAAAUAAUAGUGGAAUGUGGUCUGUCGAAUUUGGAUCUUGAGACUCGAUUAAGAGCUGUGGAAGCGGAAAAGCGAGUUGCCAGUCAUGGAAGUCUUGAUUCUUUGGUACCUGAGGAAGGGAGAUUGGAGGACUUGAUGAGUGACGCUAUGAAUCAGCAGGUUGCGGUCGGAGAGCGAGCUGUUCCAGACAGCGAUGCAACAAUCCGGGCAAGAGAUUCUCUGAAAGCACUUGAGGAGAAACCUCUGAAUACUCAGAGGGGUUGGAAGGAUUUCAUAUGGGGAGGGACGAGCAGGAAGGGCAGCCGAUCAAGUAGCGUUGUAGGCGAUGGUAUUAAUGGCACGGCUCCGUCAAAUACAGGAAACGUCGCAACGAACGGACGCCGUACGGUUUUACAGAAUGGUCUCUUCGAAGCUCCGGAAUCAUUACGCAGCCCGAGCCGCUCUUCUAGCAUCAAUGCCAGCACUGUCACUCGCGACCGAAAACCUUCUUCCGGGUUAGCGACUUUGGCGUUAAAACUUGUCGCAGGGAGUGCUACCCUUUCUAGAAAUCAAGAAGAGUCUGAUGGGCGAGGCAGAGCAAACAGUACUGGAGUGUCAGGUUCUAUGAGGGCGCCAUCUUCAGCCAGUACCAGGACGACUAUGUCAGCAAGAGCUGCGGUUAAACAGCCAUCUAAAGCAAUUCCAACUGGCCGGCGGUCGCUGGCAGGAUCUAAUCAAAAUGGUGCCCCUAGGGUUAAUCAAGAUAGAUGGGACACGAUGGGCGCAAGCCCUCAAAGCACAUUGUCAGGCGUGGAGAAUUAUGGCCCUGUAGAAAUGGAUCAAAUCCUACCUCCUGAAGCACAACCGCCUACACUUACUCAAACUCAUAGAAAUCCUUACAACCAGGAAUUCUUGACUGAUCGUUUCGGCUUUAUCUACGAUCAGCGCCGGAAAAAACGACAAAAGGAAGCAGCUGAAAAGGUGCGAAAUGGGAAAAGAGGCAGUCGUGUGGAAAUGUUGAAUAGCGCAAGAAGUGGAAUAUCAGCAGGGAUUGCUGAUGACGACCUUAACGGAUCUGAUGAAAGGCCUGAUACCCCUACAUCUAUAGACGAGGGAGUCGAAGAUGGCAAACCUGCAAAACGUUGGCAAGACUAUCUAAAGAUUGCCACGUUUCCUACCGAGUUGCUCUCGCAUACUCCAUUACGUUCGCAGCCUGUUUUUGAGGUAAUGGAAGGUAAUGAGGGCCCAAAAUCACCAGGUAUAGUUACCGAUGAGCGUGGUUUCCUACCUUCAGCAAGCACGGCAGCUGCAACUCCAACAACAGCCGUUAUUAGUGAAAAUGCGACAAUUUCCAAACCGGAUACAUCCACCGUGGUUGAGGCAGAACUCAAUGCCGACGACGUCGAACCUGUCAAGCUACUUUUGCAACAACUCGAUGAAGUGCAUGAUUCCCUGCAGCGGGACAAGACGAUAAAGUGGAAUGAUUUCUUGCGGAAGGUCAGAGCAGAGCGCAAGAGGGAUGGUGAAGCAGCCGCAGCAGCUUUUGCAGCUACCACGGACAAAAGCUCCCGUUCAGUAGCUGUGAUGCCAGAAGCCUCCCUCAUGGAUGGGGAAGUCGUUGGAGUAGCUGGCUUGGGAAACAAAGGAAAAGUUGGACGUGCAAAAUGGAACGAGUUUAAAUCACUUGUGUUAGGUGGAAUUCCAGUCGCAUAUCGUGCUAAGAUCUGGGCUGAGUGCUCUGGAGCUGCAGCGAUGCGAGUUCCGGGUUAUUACGACGACCUCGUCGCUCGUCAAGAAGCUGACGAUGAUCCCGCAAUCGUCGCUCAAAUUCAGAUGGAUAUCAAUCGAACCCUCACGGACAAUAUCUUCUUUCGAAAAGGACAAGGGGUCACGAAGCUCAAUGAGGUUCUAGUUGCUUAUUCUAGACGGAACGCUGAAGUAGGGUAUUGCCAGGGCAUGAAUUUGAUCACGGCUUGUUUACUCCUCAUCAUGCCGACGGCUGAAGAUGCUUUCUGGGUGCUCACAAGCAUCAUUGAAAAUACUCUACCACAGGGAUAUUAUGACCAUAGCCUCUUAGCGUCCAGAGCAGAUCAGCAGGUGCUCCGCCAAUAUGUUACAGAGAUUCUUCCGAAACUCUCCGCUCAUCUCGAUGAUCUGAGUAUUGAGCUUGAAGCUUUGACAUUUCAAUGGUUUUUGAGUGUCUUUACCGAUUGUCUGUCUGCGGAAGCCCUGUUCAGGGUCUGGGAUGUUGUGUUCUGCACGAACGAUGGCAGCACAUUUCUAUUCCAAGUGGCUCUCGCAUUGCUCAAGCUUAACGAACAGCAACUACUUCAAUGCUCUUCGCCGGCGAGCAUCUACACAUAUAUCAACCAUCAGAUGACGAAUCAUGCUAUCAGUAUAGAUGGUCUCAUCCAUGCAUCUGAGGGAUUGCGGAAGGUCGUCAAAAGAGAGGAAGUGGAAAGCAGAAGAGCCAAGGCAAUCGAAGCAGAGAAAGAUUUGAUCCGUCAACGAGAAGCUCGGAAUGCCAUUCGAAAAGCCGAACGCCGUGCAAAAGCCAACGGAUCUCCGUCUAGGACGGUCAAAGUCAACUCCAGGAGGAGUAGCCCAUCUCGAAAUGAAACCAAGAAGACUCAGCUUGAAUUAGGGACUGAUGACUUUGGGGAAUUGACAGUGAGAACGCCGAUGCCAAUAGAAGAAGAGACCGCAUUACAGUUAGGGUAG